AUGUGCUCUGUUCUAAGAGCACAGAGUGGAUCCGUCUUGACUAGCGACCGAACCAGAGCAAGAGACCGAGACGGGACGCAGCGGAAGAUGGCUGCGGCGGCGGCGUGGGACGGCCCAACGGCGGGCGAGCUGAAAGCGGCCGGCGCGGAGGCGAUUCCGGGCGGCGUGCGGGUGAAGGGGUGGGUCAUCCAGUCCCACAAGGGGCCCAUCCUCAACUCCGCAUCUGUGAGCCUUGAAGAUAAACUUCAGACGACACAUUUACCUGAGAUGGUGUUUGGAGAGAGUUUUGUGUCUAUUCAGAAUGCUCAAACUGGCGUCAAAUUACAUUUCAAUGCGCUUGAUGCUCUCAAGGCAUGGAAACAAGAGGCAUUGCCACCUGUUCAAGUUCCUGCUGCAGCAAAAUGGAAAUUCAGAAGUAAUCCUGCUGAUCAAGUGGUACUUGACUAUGACUAUACAUUCACGACACCAUACUGUGGGAGUGAUGUGGUUCUGAACCAAGACGCUACGCAAACAACUUUAGAUGAAUGUAGCAAUUUGUGUUGGGAGGACACUGAUGACAGGAUCGACCUUGUUGCCCUUUCUGCAAAAGAACCAAUUCUUUUCUACGAUGAGGUUAUCUUGUAUGAAGAUGAGCUAGCUGAUAGUGGUAUUUCAUUCCUUACAGCGCGAGUGAGGGUGAUGCCAACCGGUUGGUUUCUGCUCUUACGCUUUUGGCUUAGGGUUGAUGGUGCGCUGAUGAGAUUGAGGGAUACCCGUUUACAUUGUUCUUUUGGAAGUAAGGAAGCAAACCCGGUUGUACUGCGUGAACUUUGCUGGAGAGAAGCAACAUUUGCUGCCAUGUCUGCGGAGGGGUAUCCUUCCGAUUCUGCGGCAUACGCAGACCCGAAUCUUGUCGCCCGCAAGCUGCCCGUGGUGAUGCAGAAGACCCAGAAGCUGAAGAUACCCAGUUAA